AUAAAUACCCUGGAAAUUGGGUAACCCUAGAAUCUCCGAAGUCCAUUGCGCUGCCCCUGCAAAAUUUCUGUUCCAUCUUCUCUACCCUUCCUUGUUUCAGGUUCACUCUUUGAGCUUCAGCUUCUUCUUCUUCUUCUUCUUCUUCUUCUUCUUGUUGGUUCUGGGCAGACUUAAUUCUGUCUACUUCAGAACAGUGACACAUAGUAGGCAGAACCUUUUUCAGCUGUAGGCCAAACAUUUGAUUGAAUUGGAAGGGUUUGGUUCUGCUAAUCUUGGGGCUUGUAAUGGCAAAUGAUAAUCUAAUCAUUGGGCAGAGUCGUGAUUUUCCGUUGAGUCAGAAUCCACAGCUGGGACUGGGGCAUGAUCACAGUAUGAUUAUGGGCCAAAGUCAUAAUUUUGCACUGGGACAAACCCAUGAUCAGGAUUUGGAAGUAGGGCAUGGUACUAAUGAUGAUAAGCAGGGUCUUAGAGAUGCCCAUGAGCAUGGAUUAGCUUAUGACCAGACAAACGAACAUGUGAUAGCUCUACAAGAUAUACAGAAUCUUGAAGAAGAAGAAGCUUUGGGGUUGGAUCAGGAUAAUGAUCUUGAACCCGAUCAAGAGAAUAUUGAUGUUAACAGCCAUGAUAGUGAUCUUGGUCUUAGCGUGGUGAAUCACGAGUUGGGUUUGAUGGAUAGUCAUGAAUUGGCUGUUGCGGAGAACCAUGAUCUUUCUGAAAAUUUAGAUUUAGAGAUGGAUCAAAAUCAGCACAUGAGUAUUCUACCUGUCUCAGGCAUGUCAUUGGAGCAGUCUGAGAGUAUGGAUAGUCCUCCUGUUCUUCAGUGUCGAGCGCUAGCUAAUUCUAAUCACCAGCUGGCUGUUGGGCAAGAGUUUCCUGAUGUCCAGAGCUGUCGAAGGGCACUUAGAGAUGCAGCUAUUGCGCUUCACUUUGAGAUACAGACAGUCAAGUCUGAUAAAACUCGUUUCACUGCCAAAUGUGCAAGUGAAGGAUGCUCUUGGCGAAUUCAUGCUGCAAAGCUUCCAGGUGUACCUACCUUCUCAAUAAGGACCAUUCAUGAAGAACACACUUGUCGUGGAAUCACCCAUCUUGGUCAUCAGCAAGCCUCCGUCCAGUGGGUGGCAAAUACUGUGGAACAACGCUUGAGGGAAAAUCCUAAUUGCAAGCCAAAAGAGAUACUAGAAGAGAUCCACCGCGUUCAUGGGAUUGCGUUAACAUAUAAGCAGGCAUGGAGGGGGAAGGAACGGCUCAUGGCUGCUGUUCGUGGAUCUUUUGAAGAAGAUUAUCGCCUCCUUCCUCAAUAUUGUGAACAGAUCAGAAGGACCAAUCCAGGAAGUAUUGCCCAGGUUUAUGGGAAUCCUGAUGAUAACUCCUUCCAACGUCUAUUUGUAUCAUUACAUGCAUCAAUAUAUGGAUUUUUGAAUGCAUGUCGGCCUCUUCUUGGACUUGAUAGAGUUCCUCUGAAAAGCAAGUAUCUUGGGACUUUGCUUUUUGCCACUGGAUUUGAUGGAGAGGGAGCUUUAUUUCCAUUGGCAUUUGGAGUGGUGGAUGAAGAGAACGAUGAGAAUUGGAUGUGGUUCCUCUCCGAGAUUCGGGUCCUACUAGAAAAUUAUGCAGAGUACAUGCCAAGGCUUACAAUUUUGUCUGAUAGGCGGCAGGGUAUUGUUGAUGGAGUGGAAGCAAACUUCCCAACUGCUUUUCAUGGGUUUUGUUUGCAGCAUUUAAGCGACAGUUUACGGAAGGAAUUUAAUAGUACUCCGCUUGUUAAUCUUCUAUGGGAGGCUGCUUAUGCUCUUACUCACUUUGAAUGUGAACAAAAAAUUAUGGAAAUUGAAGAGAUCUCUCCGGAAGCAGCCCAAUGGAUUAGACAAAUUGCACCAACGUUGUGGGCAACAGCAUAUUUUGAGGGUACAAGGUUUGGACAGUUGACGGCUAAUUGGGCCGAAUCUUUAAAUUCUUGGAUAGCAGAGGCAUCUGGGCUUCCAAUAAUUCAGUUGAUGGAGUGUAUCCGACGGCAUCUGAUGACUUGGUUCAAUGAGCGUCGUGAAAUGAGCAUGCAGUGGACAAACAUACUUGUUCCUUCUGCUGAAAGCUCUGUGACAAAGGCAGUUGAGCUUUCUCACCCAUUCAAUGCUUUCCGUGGAAAUGAUGCUGAUUUCGAAGUUAGGUUCCCUGAAGGAUCACAUAUAGUGGAUAUUCGUAACCGUAGAUGUACAUGUAAUGGAUGGCAGUUCUGUGGGUUGCCAUGUUCUCAUGCCGUGGCAGCUCUCCGCUCUUGUGGGCAGAAUGUGUUUCGGUUCACUGAAAGUUGUUUCACUGUGACAAAUUAUCGCAAAGCCUACUCGGAGACAAUACAUCCUAUUCCAGACAGAACUCUUUGGAAGGAGAUGGCUGGAUUUGAAGAUGAAGCCAAUGGAAGUUUAUGGGUCACGAUUAACCCACCAAAGUCGCUUCGGCCACCUAGCCGACCAAGGAAAAGGCGAAUUCGCGCAGAAGAUGCUGGUCGUGCUAAACGAGUGGUGCAUUGCAGCCGCUGCAAUCAGACUGGACAUUUUCGAACAACUUGUUCAGCUCCCAUAUAGUUCCUCGAUACUGUGCAAAGAAGAUAUACACUUUUCUAAUUUAAAUUUCUUUUUCUUUUUCUUUUUCAUUUUCUUUUUUGGAUUUUCUCUCUUGAUUUGUAUUCUUUUCUGUGUUCAUAGAGUUAAAUCAGAGAUCUUAGGCAUUUGACAUUCGCAUUAUCAUUGUUCAGUAAGACAGUAACUUUGUUUCAGGUCUUAAAGAUAAGGUUUUAGUUCAA